AUGCAACCAAACACAAUUUCCUCCUCUCAGAGUGCCGUCGAAGGGAGCUCUUUGAACAAGAACGACAACAACAAUACAUUAUCACGACAACAACAACAACAACACGAAGGACUAAAUACUUCAUCAGAUUCAUCAUCUUCCUUUUCGAGCCCAUUUCUUCUCAGUGAUGAUCAAAUUCGGAAACUCGGAAUUGAAGAUCAUCGAUUGGAAUGGUAUCGAAGAAGGCAUUAUCAAAACUGUUUUGCAUUGGACACAUGGUAUAAUCAAUUAGACAAGUAUACAUUUCGUACCAUGAGCACUGAAUUGAAAUUUGAGGAAGCAAAGGCUUUAAUCUCUCUCAUUAAAUUAAACCAAAGUAUUUGUAGUAGCAGAAGUGAGUGGAACAGGACAACGAGAGAGCAUCCUCAAGUCACAAAUUCUGAUCAUCGAUUAACAGAUUCAGAGAUGGAAUUAUUGAAGAGAAUUGAGGAGAGAAUCGAUCAAUGUAUGAAACAACAUCAAGAUGUGUUUAGAAAUGGAGCAUUUGUAAAGUUGAAUACUCGAAGUCCAAAAGAUGUUCCUUGGAGAGAGCAUGACAAUUCCAUCUAUCAACAACUCGUCCAAAUCGAAAUGAAUCAAUUGAAUGAAAAAACUCCCAACAAUGUUUACGUUGCUUUCCUUAAAGCAAUGAAUAAGAGCAUGAGAGUUCGAAAUGGAAAGGAGGCUCUUGAGCUGCUUGGUCGUUCACAACGAAUUUAUGAAGAUUUACAAAAGAAUACUGAAUUUGGUGAGGAAUUGUAUGACAGCAAAAUUAUCAUUCGAGAGUGGAUUGAUGAAGUUAUUGAGAAUCCUCAGUAUGAAUUUAGAUGUUUUGUUCAUGAGAAUCAUUUGAAUGCAAUUUCACAAUAUUUUAGUGAUGUUAAAUUUCAAGAAUUAUGUGAUCGAAAAUUAGAAAUUCAGCAGCAAAUCAAUGAAUUCUUUCAACACACUGUAUUAACCUCAACUACACAUUCAAGUUUUGUCAUUGAUUUUUUUGUUUCACCAACAAGAGGAGUCAUGGUGAUUGAAUUAAAUCCAUUCCACAUUGGAGCAGGAGCAUGUUUAUUUUCUUGGAAGCAAGAUCGACAGAUCAUGAUGUUUGGUCCUCAAGAAUUUAGAAUUAAGGAACAGAACGCUGAUGAAUCCAUUUACAAAUCUUUUUUAACAGUUCCAUGGGAAAAGUAUUUAGUUCUACACCAUAAUGUUCAAUCUCCAAAUUAUUCGAAAGAGGAGCUCCUGAAAAGAAAGCAAGUUAAGGAAGAGAGCAAAUGUGUGUUGGCUUAA